AUGAAAAUCUCGAGUCUUUUGGGAAAAGAAGGAAUGAAUGCGAAAUCAGGAAAGGAACAGAAAGGGAUAGGUAGCCAGGAGAAUGGGGUGGAGGAAGGGAGCUGGAGGGCUGAGGGAAUUCUUAGAACAUUGGAGAAAGUGCUGCAGUCCACAGAAAAAGAUGAGCCCCCACUUAGCAAUGCCGGGGACGAUGUGGUUCUGCGUCUGCCCACAGACGGGCUGGUUUUGGACGGCCGCGAGAGCACAGACGACCACGCCAUCGUCCAGUACGAGUGGACACUGCUGCAGGGUGACCCGUCAGUGGACAUGAAGGUGCCUCAGUCAGGGACGCUGAAGCUGUCCCACCUGCAGGAAGGACGGUACACCUUUCAGCUCACCGUGACGGACACUGCGGGGCAGAGGAGCGCUGACAACGUCUCGGUGACCGUGCUGCCCCCGGCCUUCCCCACGCGAGGAUGCUCAAAGGUUUGCUCACGCCACCACUUCUUUUGUGACGACGGCUGUUGCAUUGACAUCACACUGGCUUGUGAUGGAGUCGAGCAGUGUCCUGACGGAUCUGAUGAAGCUUUCUGUCAAAAUUUGAGCCUUGACCGGAAGACAGAGACUCACAUGAUGACUGCCCAGCCUAGAACCGUAGCAGUGAGCGAAGAUGCAGCAGGGCGCUUCUUGGAGAAGUCUCAGAAAGCCGCCGCCCCACAGCUGCCACCGGCGUUACCAGACACGGAGAGGAAUCAUUCCACCUCCUGGGGACCAAAGAUUCAAACUGACCCCCUGAUGCCAGAUAGUGAUUCCUCAGGGAAGAACGAAAAAGAAGAAAAUUAUCUUUUUGAGUCAAAGAGCAAUCGAGGAGGAGGGGAACACCCAGCCCCAGAAAUAGGUGCAGUGCUGCCACUGACACUGGGCUUGGCCAUCACUGCGUUGCUGCUUCUCAUGGUUGCUUGCCGACUACGCCUGCUCAAACAGAAGCUGAAGAAAGCUCGUCCCAUUACAUCCGAGGAAUCUGACUACCUAAUCAAUGGGAUGUAUCUCUAAUAAAUGUAACUUAAGUAGCUGCGGCAA